AUGGAGUUUCCUUCUUCUUUGACUAGUACUGAAAGAGCUUUUAUUCACCGCCUCAGUCAGUCUCUUGGUCUGAUUUCUAAAAGUAAAGGGAAAGGAGCAAAUCGCUACCUGACGGUAAGGAAGAAAGAUGGUUCAGAACCAGCACAUGCAGUAAUGUCUUGCUGUUUGACUCCUAAUACAAAACAUGCUGUGCGGAACUUAAUUCAGAGAUUUCCUGUCACAAAUAAAGAACGGACAGAACUUCUACCAAAGACUGAGCGAGGAAAUGCAUUUGCUGUUGAAGCAGAAAACAGAGAAAUGAGCAAGACCAGUGGGCGACUUAACAACGGUAUCCCUCAGGUUCCAGUGAAAAGAGGGGAAUCAGAGUUUGAUUCCUUCAGGCGAUCGCUACCGGUUUUUGAAAAACAAGAAGAAAUUGUCAAAAUAAUUAAAGAAAAUAGAGUUGUUCUGGUUGUAGGAGAGACUGGAUCAGGAAAGACUACUCAAAUUCCUCAGUUCCUUCUUGACGACUGCUACAAGAAUGGAAUUCCGUGUCGUAUAUUUUGCACUCAACCUAGACGCUUAGCAGCUAUUGCUGUGGCUGAAAGAGUGGCAGCAGAAAGAAGAGAAAAGAUCGGCCAGACAAUUGGUUAUCAGAUCCGAUUGGAAAGCAGGGUUUCUCCAAAGACAUUGUUAACAUUUUGCACUAACGGUGUAUUACUUCGCACACUAAUGGCAGGAGAUAGCACUCUAUCAACAGUGACACAUGUUAUUGUGGAUGAAGUACAUGAGAGGGAUAGAUUCAGUGAUUUCUUGUUAAUAAAACUGAGAGAUGUGUUGCAAAAACAGACUGGUUUAAAACUAAUUCUUUCUAGUGCUGCUUUAGAUGCAAAUCUUUUUAUUAGGUAUUUUGGGAGUUGUCCAAUAAUACACAUACAAGGAAGACCUUUUGAAGUUAAAGAGAUGUUUCUGGAGGACAUUUUACGAAGCACUGGAUAUACAAAUAAAGAGAUGGUUAAGUAUAAAAAGGAAAAACAGCGAGAAGAAAAACAGCAAAACACUCUUACUGAGUGGUAUUCUGCUCAAGAAAAUAAUAGCAAACCAGAAUCUCAGAGGCAAAGACCUGCCCCAAGUGUGACUGAAGAGUAUGAUCUGUUAGAUGAUGGUGGUGACACAGUAUUCAAUCAACUGACUGAAAAAGAUGUAAAUUGUCUUGAACCAUGGCUAAUAAAAGAAAUGGAUUCUUGUCUUUCUGACAUCUGGUUGCAUAAAGAUGCCGAUGCCUUUGCUCAGGUGUUUCAUCUCAUUUUAACUGAAAAUGUCAGUGUUGACUAUAGGCACAGUGAAACCAGUGCGACCACGCUAAUGAUUGCUUCAGGAAGAGGCUUUUUGAGUCAAGUAGAGCAACUGAUCAGUAUGGGAGCAAAUAUCCACUGCAAAUCAUCCAAUGGCUGGAUGGCUUUGGAUUGGGCUAAGCACUUUGGACAGAUGGAGGUUAUUGACCUUUUGGAAUCCUACAGUGCUUCACUGGAAUUUGGAAAUUUGGAUGAAAGUUCCCUAGUCCAAACAAGUGGUAGUGACCUCAGUGCAGAGGACAGAGAAUUGUUGAAAGCUUAUCAUCACAGUUUUGAUGAUGAAAAAGUGGAUUUGGAUCUGAUUAUGCACUUGCUUUACAACAUCUGUCAUAGUUGUGAUGCUGGAGCGAUUUUAAUAUUUCUUCCAGGAUAUGAUGAAAUAGUUAGCCUGCGAGACCGUAUUCUUUUUGAUGACAAAAGAUUUGCUGAUAAUGCUCAUAGAUACCAAGUUUUCAUGCUGCAUUCAAAUAUGCAGACUUCAGAUCAGAAGAAGGUGCUUAAAAGUCCACCUUCUGGCAUCCGCAAAAUAAUUCUUUCUACUAAUAUUGCGGAAACCAGCGUCACAGUCAAUGAUGUUGUAUUUGUUAUCGAUUCAGGGAAGAUGAAAGAGAAGUCUUUUGAUGCACUGAAUUGGGUCACUAUGUUAAAAAUGGUGUGGAUUUCAAAAGCCAGUGCUGUCCAGAGAAAAGGCAGGGCUGGUCGCUGUCGGCCUGGAGUUUGUUUCCGUCUCUUCAGCAAGCUCCGGUUUCAGAAUAUGUUGGAAUUCCAGACUCCAGAACUUCUAAGAAUGCCACUUCAGGAACUUUGUUUGCACACAAAAUUGCUGGCUCCAAUUAAUUGCCCAAUUGCUGAUUUUCUCAUGAAAGCUCCAGAUCCUCCACCAGCUUUAAUUGUGAGAAAUGCUGUGCAAAUGCUUAAGACAAUAGAUGCUAUGGAUACUUGGGAAGAUCUCACUGAACUUGGUUAUCAUCUGGCUGAUUUACCAGUAGAGCCACACCUUGGUAAAAUGGUGUUGUGUGCAGUUGUUUUGAAGUGCCUGGAUCCUAUUCUUACCAUCGCUUGCACUCUUGCCUAUCGAGACCCUUUUGUCCUACCGACACAGGCAUCUCAGAAGCGCGCAGCCAUGCUGUGUAGAAAACGUUUUACUGCAGGAACAUUUAGUGACCAUAUGGCGCUUCUCAGGGCUUUUCAGGCAUGGCAGAAGGCACGGAGUGAUGGGUGGGAGAGAGCCUUCUGUGAAAAGAACUUUCUUUCUCAAGCCACAAUGGAAAUCAUCAUAGGAAUGAGAACACAGUUGCUUGGUCAGCUCAGAGCCUCAGGUUUUGUUAGAGCCAGAGGAGGAGGCGAUAUCAGAGAUGUUAACACCAACUCUGAAAACUGGGCUGUGGUUAAAGGUGCCUUAGUGGCUGGAAUGUAUCCAAAUCUAGUGCAUGUGGACAGAGAAAACCUCGUUUUGACUGGACCAAAGGAGAAGAAAGUACGGUUUCAUCCUACCUCUGUUCUUGGCCAACCACAAUAUAAAAAGAUUCCUCCAGUAAAUGGGCAAGCUGCAGCCAUUCAGGCACUCCCUACAGACUGGCUUAUAUAUGAUGAAAUGACAAGGGCUCACAGAAUAGCAAAUAUCCGAUGCUGUUCUGUUGUAACACCUGUCACUGUGUCACUCUUCUGCGGACCAGCUAGGUUACCAAGUAAUGCUUUGCAGGAGCCUUCGUCUUUUCGAGUGGAUGGUGUACCUAAUGACAGCAGUGAUAGUGAGAUGGAGGACAAAACAACUGCUAAUCUGGCAGUGCUGAAGAUAGAUGAAUGGCUUCAUUUCAAACUGGAUCCUGAAGCUGCUGGCUUGCUGUUACAACUCAGGCAGAAGUGGCAUAGCUUAUUUCUGCGUCGUAUGCGAGCUCCUUCUAAACCGUGGUCUCAAGUUGAUGAAGCAACUAUAAGAGCAAUUAUAACUGUUCUAAGCACUGAAGAGCAAUCUGCAGGUUUACAGCAGCCAUCAGGAAUAGGGCAGAGACCAAGACCUAUGUCUUCUGAGGAACUUCCUUUAGCAUCUUCAUGGAGGUCAAGUAACAGCAGGAAAAGUUCGGCAGAAACAGAAUUCUCUGAUGACUCUUCCAAUGCUGAAAAGGUUCUAAUGAAAUCUGCGCCUCCGGCAUUUCACCAGGCACCAAAGUACAAAGAAAGAAGCAUUUUGCAUUCCAAGAGAACUUCAGAAGACAGGUCAGAUCAAUCAUCAGUGAAGUCUACAGACAGCAGUAGUUAUCCUAGCCCAUGUGCCAGUCCUUCUCCUCCCUUAUCUGGAAAGGGCUCUAAAUCUCCUUCACCGAGACCAAAUAUGCCAGUUCGGUACUUUAUAAUGAAAAGUAGCAACCUGCGAAACCUCGAUAUUUCUCAGCAGAAAGGUAUAUGGUCUACUACGCCAAGUAAUGAGCGAAAGCUAAAUAGAGCCUUUUGGGAGAGCAGCAUGGUUUACUUAAUAUUUUCUGUCCAAGGAUCAGGGCACUUUCAGGGUUUUGCUAGAAUGUCCUCAGAGAUAGGACGUGAGAAAAGUCAAGACUGGGGAUCUACAGGUUUAGGAGGUGUGUUCAAGGUGGAGUGGAUCCGAAAAGAAAGUCUUCCUUUUCAGUGUGCACACCAUUUGCUCAAUCCUUGGAAUGACAAUAAGAAAGUACAAAUAAGCAGAGAUGGGCAGGAGCUGGAACCACAAGUUGGAGAGCAGUUGCUACAGCUUUGGGAUCGUAUUCCUAUGGGAGAGAAAAAUUCAACUGAUUGA